GAGAUGGGAAUGUGAGAGAGAGGAGGGCCCAUCAAUUGCUGCGUUCUGAGGAUUUCGGGUAACCGAAACCCGCCGAAGGAAACCAAACAAAACCAAACCCACAGCCACAGCUCCACCAAAUCUCAGACCCACAUCGUCAACACGAAGAACAAGAAGAAGAAGCAGAGGAGUCACACACCCACAACCAGAUUUCAAUACCAGAGCCGCCAAUUAUGAGUGGCGCCGCCCCUCUCAACUCCUCCGGCUCUGAAUUGGACUUGGAUCGCCCCAAUAUCGAAGAUUACUUGCCUUCCGGAUCCUCCAUCCAAGAACCCACUGGCAAGCUCCGCCUGCGCGAUUUACUUGAUAUUUCCCCCACCCUUACCGAGGCUGCUGGUGCUAUUGUUGAUGAUUCAUUCACUCGUUGCUUCAAAUCUAAUCCACCGGAGCCAUGGAAUUGGAAUAUUUAUUUGUUCCCCUUGUGGUGCUGUGGAGUGGUGGUUCGAUAUCUGGUUCUCUUCCCGGCGAGGGUUCUCAUAUUGACUAUUGGAUGGAUCAUAUUCCUUUCAACAUUCAUUCCAGUGAAUCUGCUACUGAAAGGGCAUGAUAAGCUGAGAACUAAGUUAGAGAGGUUUUUGGUGGAGUUGAUUUGCAGUUUCUUUGUUGCAUCUUGGACUGGAGUUGUCAAGUAUCAUGGGCCACGGCCUAGCAUCCGACCAAAACAGGUUUUUGUGGCCAACCACACUUCCAUGAUUGAUUUCGUAAUCCUGGUGCAAAUGACUGCCUUUGCUGUUAUCAUGCAAAAACAUCCUGGGUGGGUUGGACUGUUGCAAAGCACUAUAUUGGAGAGUAUAGGAUGUAUAUGGUUCAACCGUACCGAGUUGAAGGACCGUGAAAUUGUAGCAAAGAAGUUAAAUGACCAUGUUCAAGGGGCCGACAACAAUCCUCUUCUCAUAUUUCCUGAAGGAACUUGUGUAAAUAACCAUUACUCAGUUAUGUUCAAGAAGGGUGCAUUUGAACUUGGAUGCUCUGUUUGCCCAGUUGCAAUCAAGUACAACAAAAUUUUCGUUGAUGCUUUUUGGAACAGCAGGAAGCAGUCAUUCACCAUGCAUCUCCUGCAGCUUAUGACCUCUUGGGCUGUUGUUUGUGAUGUUUGGUAUCUGGAGCCCCAAGUUUUGAAGCCUGGAGAAACAGCCAUCGAGUUUGCUGAGAGGGUCAGGGACAUAAUAUGCACCCGGGCAGGUCUUAAGAAGGUUCCAUGGGAUGGAUACUUGAAGCACUCCCGCCCAAGCCCAAAAUACCGAGAGCGGAAGCAGCAAAGCUUCGCAGAGUCGGUGCUGCAGCGAUUGGAAGACAAGUGAUAUGACAUGUACAUCAGCUUUUCUAGUCUUCAACUGCAUUUACCCUUGAAUACAAGGUUCCUGACAUGCACCUACUUAUCGGAUUCGAGGAUGCACUCCAGGUGAGUCGGAAUCUUCUUUCGGGGAUGCAACCGUGUACUUGCUAAAUGCGUAGUUAUUUGCCUUGACAUAAAUUGAACGCAAUGCAGUGUUUGGCUUUGUUAAGCAAGCUUCAAUUUUUGCAGAAUACCUUAUUUGAAUACGUCUUCAUAUUAAGAGUUUUAGAACAAUAUUACGAGAAGAGUUCUAUGUUGUGCUUUGUAGUUCUCUGUAAUGAGCUUCCUGGUUUUGCUCUGUAUGAGCCUAAAUUUUACUGUUCUCUAGCCGCCUUUUGAA